AUGGAGACUAUGAUACCAAAGGUGAAAGUGCUAAAGAAGCGUCGCUCUAGUCUUUUUGCAACCGUUAAACGGGAAAUUAGUUUUUCACAAAGCAUUGAAGAACAGGAGCAUGAAUUUCCUUUUUCACAGGACAGCUCAGUGAAACCAUGGACAUCUAUGAACAACCUUGAUGCUCCUGAUGAGAAAAAAAAUGAAUCAAAAUAUCAAACCAAAGAUGCACCAAACCCAAGGCAGUCAAACAUCGUCAACCUCAACGUGGGUGGAAAGGUGUUCCACAUCCCGAAACAUUUGGUCCUCCGACACCCAAAAACCAGGAUUGGUGUCCUUGCCCUCUGCGAUGAUCCAGUCAAGCGUCUGACACUCUGUGACGAUUACAAUGUUCAGAACAACGAGUUCUUUUUCGACAGGGACCCCAUGUUUUUCCACUACAUAUUCCACUUUUACUGCAGUAAUGUCCUGUGGGUUAUGGACAGCCUUUGCCCUGUCAACUUUGAGGAAGAGAUGUCAUUCUGGGGACUGAAACUGAAGGACACUCCAAGGUGCUGCCGUAUUCUGUUUGAGGAAAAAGUGGAUGACAUCAGAGACCAACUCAAGGUCAACCAGGAGCUGCUUGAUGAGAUUAAACCUCACCAGGAUGACGAGGGAUACAAGAACAUGUUUCUUGGAGGCCUUCGAAAGGCUCUCUGGGACCUGAUGGAGAAUCCCUACUCCUCAUUGUCAGCCAAAGCCUUUGCUGUGUUUUCCAGUCUCUUCGUGCUCAUCUCGAUUGUUGCCAUGACAAUGAACACAGUGAAAGAACUCAGGCAGUACAAACUCGCUGGCAAAACCUACAUGGAGUGGAUAGAGAUCGCUUCCAUUCUUUUCUUCACCUCAGAGUACUUUCUGCGGUUAGUCACCACAUCCAACAUCAAACAUUUUGUGAAGAGUGCCCUCAACUUUGUUGAUAUGGUGGCUGUUAUGCCCUACUUCAUCCAGAUCAUUUUUGAGACAUUUGUUAUAGAUGCAGAAGAUGUCAGUGGGCAGCAAGAUUUGAAGACCAUGGCAAGGGUCAGUAAAGUCAGCAAGGUGCUCAAGGUCGUCAAGCUGAUGCGCAUCUUCCGUAUCCUGAAGCUUGCCCGUCAUUCUACAGGCAUGAGAGCAUUUGGUUUCACCAUUCGCCAGUGCUCUGAGCAGGUGUGCUGUCUGUUUCUAUUCAUUGCCAUGGGCAUCUUUACCUUCUCUGCUCUGAUGCACUCUGUGGAAGUGGAUCAGCCCGGGACACCAUUCAGCAGCAUACCAGAUGCCUGGUGGUGGGCUGCGGUCAGCAUCUCUACUGUGGGCUACGGAGAUGUUGUCCCUAUCUCCUAUCUUGGCCGCUGUGUGGCUUUUGGCUGCAUCUCGUUUGGCAUCAUCCUCAAUGGCAUGCCCAUCUCCAUUCUGUUCAACAAGUUCUCCGACUACUACGCCAAGCUGAAGGAACAGGAAUACACGUAUUCAAACACAGAGCGCAGCUUCCAGCUCAAGAAACGUCUGAGGCGUAAGUUUGACGGCUGCUUCGAACCCCAGCCAGACGACUCCGAUGAUGAGAUACACUACCGGCCCAGUGGAAGGCAAACCAUCCGUGAGAGCGAGGACUGAGAGAAGCUGCCUGGUCACUAAGUCGCUAACCCUAAAUGGCCUUAUCACCCAUGGGUGUAGAAAGUGUGAGACCCCAUCUGCCUCCAACUCUGAGCCUGUGUGAUUUAAGAUAAACAAUCUAAAGGGGGGGGCAAAUGAGGCAGCAGCAAGUUGAGAUAAGCUUUAAGCCUCAGCUUUAUAGUCGUUGCUGUUUGCACGCAAUGGGUGAUGACUACUCUGUCAAAUAGACAAGAUGCUCCUGCUGGACAGCUUGUUGUCUGUCUCCAAGAAUAGCGCCCGGCUGCAACCAUUGCUGACUAAACUGAAAUAGAUGUUUGACAGAAGGAGGUCAGGUAGUAACAUUAUUAAUGAAGCAAUGUUGCACUUUGAAGGGAGCAUGGUGCUUGUGAAAAACUCUUUUCAUUGGAAGUGCUAUUAAUGAACUGUUUUGGACAACUACAUGGUCUCUUACAUGUUACUUUACAUUCCUGAUACUCCGCACAACAGACAGUAUUACUUUGACUUCAGUCUUCUGUAAAAAUUUUGGCUAAUAGCUGGUGAAGCAUCAUGUUGGACUGUAGUCAUUGUUUUCCACUUUUUUAGACUGAGGAUAUUUAAAUGUUCAAGCAAUGAAAACUUGAGAAAAAUCAUCAUCACCAACAUCGCCCGUGCAAAGCUGUCCCAUCACAUGCCAUGCGUCAUGCAUAGCAAUCUUGUGGAAACCGCACCUUUUCUUUCUGUCCGGUCACUCAGCGUGCUCUUGACUGUACCUAAGUGGGAGGGGAGGCGCAGCAGGGGGGGUGUCAGUAGCUAUUAAGAUCAUGAGUGUAAAUUUGUUCUCAAGGAUUACCAGGAUUUCCGCUUGCACCUCCUGCCUGGUUGGACAGGGGCGAAAGUCAAUCAGGUCCUGCGCUAUUUGAGUCGCACUGAGAAUCUGAUCAGGUGUGUACGAUCAGGUCCUAUUUCAAGAGCUUACAAGCCACUUUUAUGAGUGAUAGCAUAUCAAUUAGUUUCUGAUAUAGGUUUCUCAUACAGGAAAAUGCAGAUAAGAGCUUAUAAUUGUAUAAACAGCAGGUCAAUGUUUGGCACAGUCUCUGCAGGGAGUGAGAACUGAGCUCGAAUGUUCCUGGACUUUUAAUGUCAGAAUCAAGCAUGUCCCAGUUCUGUAGUAAGAACUGUCCCUGCAGUGUGUGCUGGCUGUGUUUAGCUCUUCAGCUAAGAUCAUUAGACCAGCUCCUGCCCUGGACAACAGUUCUCCAAAGACCAAAAGUACAGUAAGCAAAUGCAUUAUCUCAUCUCAAUGUGUUUUAUUGGCUACUCACUCAGUGCUAUGGACAAAGACUGCAGCUUUUGUAGUAGAUCUGCUCAAGACCGGUCUGUUCGGUGCGCUGGAGUACCAUCCCCGACCACGCCCACUGACCCUCUGUCCAGCUGUGCUGAAGAUGUGUCGUGCCUCUGGUCAUGACAAAACACCCUGCACCUGCAUUGGUCACCUCUGAUUUACAAACACACAGCUCUAUAAAGUAUUAGUCAUUAGUUUCCCCCAAAUGAAACACAAUUAGAGACAGUGAAUUAUUGAGUGAAAUAUCAAUAUAACAUUAUGAAUCUUUUCAUUUGAGUUUUAUGCAAAUACAAAAAUACUUGUUGAAAGGUAAGAAUUUAUUUAUGAACUAGUGACAGAUGUGUCCACAUUCUAUUUAUAUUUUUCCUGACACAAUAGUAGCCAAAAGAUUUCAAGGGUUUUGUUUGGGGAGUCACUGAUUGAAAUCUGUUCAGUCUGAUCAGUUUUAUAUCUCUUGUGCAUGAAUGAUUGUAACUGUAUGAAUUGUAAACAGAAGGUGACAAAGGUAAAGGACAUUUUAUGAAAUCUUACAGGUAUGUUUUAGCUAUUUAAUUUAUUUCAUUCCUAUUUCAGAGUUGAAAAUUUAUACAGUAUAUUACUCAGUGACUGUACAGAAUACUGUGAAAUGUGUCAUUAAUUUUCUUUAUCGUACAUAAAAACAAAACAGAAAAAAACAAUUUAAUGCAAUACAGGCUGGAAACCAUGUCAAACACAGAUUUUAUUAUGUAUUAAAAUAUGUACU